GAAAAAAUUAAGAACAGAUAAACAAAUAUCUAAUUUUAAGGUGAAUCCUGCAGAGCCCCAAUUGAAUGGUGUGAAAAUUAAAUGAAAAAGAACUCUCGACAAAGUGAAAAAUGAUUAAAUAAAUGUGUAGAAAGCAAACAAAAAGAUAUUCAAAAAAUCCGAGAUGGCAGGUUAUGUUCCGGUUCUUUUGAUCACAGCCAACGUUGGCAGUAUAUUCGAAGAGCCCGGUGUCAUGCUGAAUAUAUGGACGGAAGAAUUUCUAGCUACAAUAGCCCGUUUAGAUCCCAAGUUCAUAGCGCUUCACUGCCAAGAAGUUGGUGGAAAAAACUACGAGCAGAGCAUGAGGCACGUUGAGUAUUUUGUUAGGCUGUUGAUGUCCUCGGAGGAAUUAAGGCUGUUUGAUAAAGUGAGGGUUUUUCUGGAUGAAGACUUCUCAUCGGCUGAACACUUCACCGCUUUGGGAAAUUUUUAUUUUGUGCACGAGUCGUUGAAAGACGUACUUUUAUGGGACUUCAAGGAAUCCAGUUUUGUACCCGUGAGCGGAAAGGAGGUUCAUUCCGGAAACAUAGAGGCAGUAACUACCAAAGAAAAAGCAAAGUUUCCACAGGACUUUUUUCCGGAGUGCAAAUGGUCGAGGAAAGGCUUUCUACGGACUCGGUGGAGCAUCAGUGGAACAGUUUUUGAUCUCAUAAACAUUCACUUGUUUCACGAUGCCAGCAAUUUGGUUGCGAUGGAAACGUUUCCUUCAGUAUACAGUAAAACGCGGAGAAGAGCCUUGGAGCACACACUGGAUCGAUUUCACAACGAUCAGUAUGCGAACGUCCCCUACUUCCUAUUUGGAGAUUUUAACUUUAGGACGGACACCGCCGGUGUCAUAAAGAAACUUACAGAAGACACUCAAGAGAGUAAACUGCCAAAUCAAAACAACUUUUCGAAGCUGCAAUUCCAUAACACAGACGAUGAUUUGAUCCUCACUUUGGGCAAGAAAGAAUUUUCCCAUUUUAAACACCAGCACAUGUUCAUGAAUAAUAGUGCUGAAUGGCUUCGAGAGUACGAUAGAGAGCUUGAAGACUUUGAAGGAAGAUUGUUGGAGUUCCCAAUUAAUUUUUCACCCAGCUACCCGUUCGAGGAGAACAUUAAGGAAGGUAGCAACUAUAUGAAAACUAGAGUUCCAGCAUGGUGCGAUAGGGUCUUACUGAGUCCUACCGCUAAAACGAUCGCUGAUCAAACUUCAACAUCUGGUGCGGUGGAAUAUGGCAUUAUCGGUCCAACUACGUGCAUGGGCGAUCACAAGCCGGUCUACCUGAGACUUGUACUUCUUUCGGACGCAGGUACAGUAAACUGUUGCCGCUUGGCUAACGCUCCGCAGUUUUGCUUCCAAGUGCCUGACAGUUUCGUCGAUACGUUGUCUUUGUUGCCUGAUUGCCGUAGUUACCUUAGUAAAGCAGUGCAUACCGAACACUCGGCUAAUCUUUUGCACGCUGCGCCUGUUAAGCAUGAUCCAUACACUCCGGACAGCAUGGAUAGUCCUAGUCCUCGCGUAUUAGCUGUUACUGGCGAGGUACCGGACAUAGAUUUAAUGAAUAACAUCAACGAAGAAGUCGACGAGGAUGUCGAACCUGCGCAUCGUGUUUCAAGUGCUUCUAAGCGAGUGAACAUGGCAGUGUCACCGGCAUUGCUGAAGUCGAAAUUGGAGCUGAUCGUUCAGAGCAAGAGUCGAGACUCCAGACUCGAAGUAGACGACGAUGUUGAGAUUACAAAAAGUUUGAGCGAAUGUGACCUAGAAAACGACGCCAAAUCUGCUGGAGUCAAGAAGGAGCGAAGAAGUAGCGAUGUUUCCUGGCAGAGAUCGCAUUUGCUGACUCGUGCAUGGGUCCAGGGUAGAGGGCAUCAGAGUUACGAUUCUUUUCACUCAAAUUCAACCCGCAGAUCCUGUUCUAGCUCCGAUUCUAUGAAUCUGAACGAUGUGCCACCCGAUAUGGUGAUACCCAGAAUAGCCAUAAUUAAUCCUAGUAAUUUUGAAUCGAAUGAAAGUUCUGUACAUCUUCACGAUGACAGACAAAGCUGCUCUUACUCCGAAACAAGGCUGAGCAGUUAUUCGGAUAAUAGAACAAAAACUGUAAGCGGAGAAGCCUCGAGUUUAGAAAAGUCCAACGAGAUUACCAGCAGCGUAUUUCAGGAGCGAGGAGAUGCUGGCCUCGACAUGAAGAAUAUUUAUGUCUCGGUUACAGAAUUAGAAGUACCCGACAAGUUAACCGGGAUGUAUUUACUUGAUGAUUGCAGUAUUACCAGCACUUUGGAUACAAAUUUUACAAAAUUAGAAAAAACUUAUUCAACAGUAGGGACACCAAAGGCGCAAGACACAUUCGACUCAAAAUCUAUGUGCAAAGACAACAAUAAUCAAUACAUACUCGAGGACGAAAAAUUGGAGAUUCUCAGGUCUGGAAAGGAAGGGAAAUCUCAGACAAUGGAAGCAAACAGUGAUUCAGGAGAAAAAAAAGUGGAUCAAAAAUCAACGACUUCAAACAAGGAUGAAGAUUACAAGUGUAGUAAUUCUAUCACGGAGGAGAAUGAUUAUUCAAAUAUUGGAAUAGAAACAAUGGAUCUAGAUAAAAGUCAAGUAGAAGAUAAGAUAAAAAGUGAAACCAGCGAAACGCCAAAAAUUUUUGAAUCACAGCGUAGUGAUAUUAAUGUGAUAAAUGAAAACCUGAAUACGUACGUUAGUAACGCAGUAUCAUCGAAUGAAGUAGAUUUAUCGAAACCAGAAAAUCGCGAAGAUAUUUUGAGUUCCAGGAACACGACGCGAAGUAACUCAACACAGAGUCAGGACGGUAAAGUAAGACUAAAAUUAACAGCACAUCGGGUAACUGAGAAGUGUAAAAAUGAUAUUGCCAAAGAGAAAGGCAAGUGCAAGAGAUGCUGUUGCACGGUAUCCUGAAAUUGAAUAGACCUUGUUUCGAAAAAAAAGUUAUUUCAAAUUUAUAUUUAUUUUUCUACUAUUAGAUCGUACAAUUAUUCGCGCAACAUUAUUAUCAAUCGUGUCAGUUCUGAAUCUCAUUUUUUCAACAUUCGCUGUUAUUUAUCUAAAAAUAUUAUUUUAACGAAAGUAGCUGGACCAUAAGUAUUCCAAGCAUGAAGUGGAGAGAAUUAAGUCAACUUCUUUGGAGGCAUGGAGCGAUGCUCGAAUCAGAAAAUAUUCGUAUACGUAUCUGUUAGUGAGGUGAUUCAUUUUAAUACAAUAAUUAAAUUGAAUCCGAGUAUAGUGAUAUGAAGGAGACACCUUGUUCGAUGUAUUAUGCCUGGAUAAACAAUGAUCCACAUCAUUAUACUUUGUAUAUAAUCUGCAACUAUUGCAUAGAUUAUAAAAUUCAGUUGCUAUGUUGACUGUGAUUAAUUUUAAAGAAAUAUUACGUUGAUUUUAAAGAGCUGCACAGAGCUCAAUGGCAUCCUGGUAUUUGGAUUAAACUGCCAACGUUUCUAAUAAUCAUGCAUUGUAAUAGAUUGAGUGUGACGAGAUAAAUAGUUUGUACUCGACAUUCUUUUUUUCUCAUUUUUUCUGCUUUGAAUCUUUGAAGCGCACAAAUAACCUAUUUUCAUUUCAAUCAAAGACAUACACUAUCGCACCCUCGCUUAUGUAAAUUUUAUUACUAUCAACAAUCAAUUCUAAGUCGAAGCCAAAUUAUAAUUUUAAGCUACAAGUUACUAAAAUAGCAAAGAAUCAGAAUCUCUUGGACUGCAGUGAAAGAAAAGCCGUACUAACAAUAAGUUAAGGUGUCAGGUUCGAUCAGGUACCUUGAUUUUUCUGGAAGUUAUCAAAUAGUCCUGAGAGAUCCCAAAAACGUUACAGAAAUAAACUCUCAUCACAGCUAUUUUGGAUAUUAUACUCGCUAUUGGAAUGAGAAACAUAUCGGAAGUGGCAGAGUACUUUGAUCUAUGAUAUUUUUCAUUCCAUGAAUAUUUUUUCUAUCGUGUAGUGCAAUGGGUUCGAGUGCUCGGGCUAACUGGUUUCGUUACGAGACAAAAAUUAUAGAUGUAGUGAAAGAAGUACUGAUUUCGCUGAGUAUUAUAGUUAGUUUAUCAUUCGCCUCAACGACAGUCACCGUACUGUCAGUUGCAGCGAACACCUGUUAUCGUAUUAUAAUUGUUACAUACAAGUUUAUUGGCAAACAAAAAUGGACAUUAAAAAAGUGACAGUGUACAGUAUUUUUGGCGGAGAAAAAAAACAAUAUCCAAUGCCCUUCGCACUUCUAACUGUUAGAGAAGCGACCACCGAAAUGUUUGGGCUAAUUCCUAGCGGUUUGCAGUAGAUUUUUCUCUUUUGACUCAAGAAUUUAUCGGUAUGAUUAUUUCUUCAGAUGAAUAUGACCUGAGAAAUUGUUGGAUUUUCUAGAAUCUGAGUUCUAAUGGACCGUAUUUUUAAAACAAUUGGGCGAUUUCGACUCAAAGGGGGAGCGUAAGACCUUUUUUUAGCUUGACGAUUACAAAUCAAUAAUUAAAAUGACCCAAGUAUCAAACUGUAGUUCACUAGAUCAGAGGUCAAGGAAAAAGAUGUAUUAUUAUAGGUGUAAAUUUAGCUAAAUUAUGUUUUGCCAUAUUAAUUUUUAGAGUAUUCAAUGAUCCGGUGUUUUAUUGUAUAUGUAUGUACUAUACAUUUGUAUAGUAACUGUGUAGCGAUUUUAACAUUGCAAUUAGUCAUUGAUAGUUGUUAUACGAUAUUGGUAGUUAUGUAUCAUACCUAGAAAACAGCUUGAUUACGGAUAAAUCAGUAAUGUGUAAAUAGAUGAUAUUGUAUUGAAUAUUAUCAUUAUUAUUCUUUUUUUGUAAAUAUAAACUAUUAUUUUUUGAUAGUUA